GUCUCUUGUACGACUGCAAUAGCUUUAGUGAAAUUCUGUUGAAUUUAGAGUUUCCAAUGGCUGCUGUUUUCUCCUUGGUGCUUUUGUUUCUAUUUUUAAGCAUUUCAGAAGCCACAGAAAUAUUGGUUGGUGGCAAGGAAAACGCUUGGAAGAUCCCAUCCUCUGAAUCCGACUCCCUCAACAAAUGGGCUGGCAAUUCCCGUUUCCGCAUCGGCGACUCUCUCGUGUGGAAAUACGAUGGUGGCAAAGACUCGGUGCUACAAGUCAGCAAGGAAGCCUAUGCAAGCUGCAUUACCUCAGACCCCAUUGCAGAGUACAAGGAUGGAAACACCAAAUUUAAGCUUCACAAAUCAGGCCCAUUUUACUUCAUUAGUGGAGCUAAGGGUCACUGUGAGCAGGGCCAGAAGUUGGUUGUGGUCGUGUUGUCUCCACGGCACAGCUACACUGGAAUCUCUCCAGCGCCUUCUCCAGCAGAGAUUGAGGGACCUGCCGUUGCUCCUACCAGCAAUGGUUCAGGUUUGAAGGCUGGAUUCUUGGUGACAUUGUGGGGUUUGGUUUUGGUGGUGUUCUAAGAUGGGAAAGGACUUGUUUCGUUUUUUUUUUGUAUGUA